AUGAAUAAUUAUCAAAAGAAGUCCAAUGAGGUUGAUAAGAAAAAUUCAAGAAAUGAAUCUUGUCAACCUUAUAAGACUAUUGAAAAGAUGCAAAUAAUUCAUCACGUCAGAGAAAAUAAUAAUAAUAAUACAAGUGAAAGGAUGAGUAUUUCUUAUAAGGAUAUAUAUAGAGAAGAGAAUAUAAUUUAUGAAAAGGAAUAUACAAAAAUUCCUGAUAAUUUAAUAUAUAAUGAGACUGAUAAAUUAAAUGGUUGCAAUAAAAUUAGUGCACCUAAUAAUAGCGAAUUAAAAUGUUUGAAUAGAAAUACUAAUAAUGAAGCUUUAAUAGUAUCUCAGAGCAGUACAAAAUAUCUGGAAAAUUAUUUUUCAUCAUAUAAUAAUAAUAAUAAUAAUAUUAAUAGUCAUAUUCAUAAUAAUAUUCAUAAUAAUAUUCAUAAUAAUAUUCAUAAUAAUAUUCAUAAUCAUAACCAUAACAUUAUACAUAAUAACCAUUUGUGCUGUAAUUGUAAGCACAUGUGUUGUAUGAAUAACCACAUAAGAUGUAUUAAUAACCAUAAUGGUUGUUUUAAUCAUCAUAUUGGUUGUCAUAAUAACCAUGUUCAUUGUAAUAAUAAACAUAUAUGUUAUUACAAUAUACAUGAUAGUAAUAACAAUUUUUUAAAAUCUGAAGAAAUUGAGGGAAAUCAAAAUGUAAAUCAGACCCUUAAUCAUCAUUGUGGAAAUUAUCAAAGUAUAUUACUAAAUAAGGAAUACAAUAAAGGUAUUGUAGAUAAUAUACAUAAACAAAAUGAUAUAGAAAUAAAAAAUGAAAAACAUCUAGCUCAUAAUAUAAAUUUACAUGUAAAAAAUUAUACAAAUUAUAAUAUGAAGCAUGAAAAAGAUUUUAUAUGUAAGGAAGAUAUUUCUAAGAACUAUAAUAUAAUACAAAACAAUACGAAUUGUUUUGCUAGUAUGUUAAAGAAAAACGAAAUGGAUAAUGAAAAUAUGAAUGAAAAUAAAAAAAAUGUACAUAAUAAUGCUAAUGGACAUAAUAAUGCUAAUGUACAUAAUAAUGCUAAUGAAGAUAAUAACACAAAUGAAAAUAAAGAUGAAAAUUCUUGGGGAUAUUUUAAAGAAGGAUCAUUUUAUAAUUUUUCUCCAGUAUAUAAUUCAAAACAAAAAAGACCUUAUACAAAUUAUGGAAACCAAAUGAAGCAUCAUCAAAACAAAAUGAAUAACAAUAAGAACAACAGUUACUACAAUAACAAGAAUUAUGGAAAUAAUAAUAAUAUAGGAUAUAUUGAAAAGAACAAUAUGAAUAAGGAUAAUUGGAAUAAUAAAGGCCAUUUGGAUAGAGGGAAUAUACAUAAUAUUAAUUUUAAUAACAAUAUGGUUAAGAAUUAUAAUAAUGACAACACGAAUGAAUAUAAUGUUAAUUAUGACAAUAAGAAUAAACAGAGUAUACAUAAAUAUAAUUACAAUAAUAAUCAUUACAAUCAAAAUGGUUACAAAAUAAAUAAUUACGAUAAACAUCGAUUUAAUAAUAAUGACAAUAUUAAUGUGAAUUCUUUUAAUGUAGAUAAUGAAGAGAGAUAUACAUUUCCAUAUUCUUACGACAAUAAUGUUUUUGAUCAUACAAGAAAUAACAUAGUAUCAUCAUACGCAUCAACAAAAACAUUCAUUAAACAAAAUAAUAAUUAUUCAAAAAAAAAUAAGGAUAAAGCAAAAGUAAAUGUAAAUCAUGGAAUAAAGAAUAGUCGUACAAUAAAUAAAGAAAAAUCUUCAAACAUAAUUUUUUGUAAAUACUGUAAUGUAAAUGUUGAAGAGGGGAAAUUAUUAGAACAUAACAAGAAUGAACAUAUUAUAUGCCCUAUAGAUGAUUGUAAUAAGAUAUACAAUAUUGAUGAUAUGGAAGUUCAUUUAUUAAAUCAUAUGAAAAAUGAGAAGAAUGAAAUUAUUUUAAAUGAUGCUAAAGAAAUACAAAAAUGGAUUAGUGAAAGGAAAAAAAACUAUCCUACAAGAAAUAAAAUAUUAAAUAAUAUGAAUAAGAAAGAGUCGAAAGAAAAAAACAAACCAAAAUGUUUAAUUGAAGAAUUAUUAUUUGAACGAUAUUGUUCAGCUAUAGGAAAGAAUUUAUAUUAUAAAAAUGAAUCUGAGAAAUCCAUAUUUGUUCCUUUAUUAAGUAAAUUAUCUGAUAAGAACUAUCCAAAUAUUUAUGAAAAUACUUAUUAUAGUAUUUCUUCAUCAAAUAAUCAAGUCGAUGUUCCAAAAAAAAGAAAUAACAAUUCAAAAACAAAAGAAACAAUUGAUACAUUAAAUAUUCAUAAAAGAACACCAUUAAUAUAUCAGUUAAUGAAAAAUGAUAUUUAUACAUAUGAGAAGAAAUUAAUGACAUCUAUUAAUUAUAUAACAAAAAAUAAAUUCUUUGAUGAUUCAUUUGAUAAAAAUCAACAUAUUGAAGAAUUAUAA